AUGAUGACGUGCCGUCUGCUGUGCGCCCUGUUGGUGCUCGCCCUGUGCUGCUGCCCGUCCGUGUGUGUGAGAGCGACUGGUGGACUGAAUAAAAAUACGGAUUUGUCGUCCCCUCAGUCACAUGUGCAAGAUCGGUCUGACGAGGAACAGGAUUCAGAGACGGAGAUCGUUGCGAAGCCGGAAGGUGAAACAAGCGUUGACGAAGGAUCAGGAAGUGAGGACCCUACCCUGCGAAAGACACAAGGGAGCUCUGUUGAGGUAAAGAAACCAGAUACGACGACGACUACCACAAAGGCACCAACCACGACAACAACGACCACUACAACACAGGCACCAACUAUGACCACCACUGCGCCAGUGGCACCAAGUACUACGACCACAGAGGCGCCAACUACGACGACCACCCUCGCACCGUCACUUCUUCGCGAAAUCGACGGCAGCCUCAGCAGCUCUGUGUGGGUGUGUGCCCCGCUGCUGCUCGCCGUAUCCGCGCUGGCGUACACCACUGUGGGCUGA